AGAAAGCAGGUGCAUCACAGUGUGUGGACAUCGACCGUCUCGACGCGUCUUCUCGCUCAUAUCUAGUCUCAUCGCAGUCGUAUUAAAACGGCUGGGAAAAUGCAGUAUAAUCGACAUCGUGUCCGCAUCAAAGGUGUUUGCUGGUGAUUCCCCCCCACUCUUGACUGAUGACUUCUCGAAAGGGGGACAGAACUGGACACUUUGGACUUUUAUUUAUUACUCAGCUCCAAAAAAUGAAAUGGUAAACGGAUGAGUCGCAUGUUACAGCAGUCAGUGAGAUUAUUCGGUGUUCAGCUGAACAUUUACUGACUCGAUACCAGCUCACCUCGGAAGGAAAGCGGAGAGUGAUACUUCAACCUCAUGCCUCCACAAAGCCAUUCAUGAGUCAAGGCUUGCUCCACACCAGCAGACCAGCAUGGAGAAAGUGCUCCGAACACGACAUGAAACAGGAGCGGCAGAUGAGAACGACCCUCUAACUCAAGGGAAGACCCCAUUAGCGGGGAGUGCUGACUUGGGACAUGAAUGUUGCAAAUGUAAUGGUUUGAUCAAUACCCACAACUUAAUGGUGGAGACUAAGGAAGGACUGGUGUCAGUCUAUUCUGCCCCACAGUACCAGGGCCAUGUGGUGUCCAAGAACAUAAAUGGGACACAGGACGGUCGAGGACCCCCACAGUUGCUCAACCCCAGCGCCCUGCCCCAGGCUAUAGACCCUUACUACAGACCCAGCCUCCUUCUGUACCCCGAGAGCGUGCUGAGAGCAUGGGGAGAGGCGGGGGACUGCUGCGAGACCACCUUCAUUGAGGAGAUGACCCCGGCCUCGUCCGGCUCCGCUGUCACUAGAGACAGACUUCUGUUCACCGACAGCAAGCUUCUGGAUCUCUCAGUGGAAGACGCCAAGAUCCAGACGCUCUCCUAUGAUGUAGAUGAAGAUGAUGAGGAAUUUCAGGAACUCGAGAGUGAGUACUCAAGUGACUCAGAGAGCGAAGACAAUUUCCUCCUGAUGCCUCCGAGGGACCACCUGGGCCUCAGUGUUUUCUCCAUGCUCUGCUGUUUCUGGCCCCUGGGCAUCGCAGCUUUCUACCUGUCUCACGAGACUAACAAAGCGCUGACUAAAGGAGACUUUCACCACGCCAGCUCCAGCUCCAGACGUGCACUCUUCCUCGCCGUGCUGUCCAUCACCAUCGGGACAGGCAUCUAUGUGGGUGUGGCUGUGGCCCUUAUCGCAUACCUCUCCAAAAACAAUCACUUGUAGCCUUCCCAUGCCCAAAACCACUCUCAUGUUCGGAUAAAGACUGGGAUCUAAUUCUGGGAUCUGCUUUUUGGGAAACAUCCAAUGGUCACGAUACAGGACUCACCAGCAAUGUGUUCCACUCCUGCACUUUUAAAAGUCGUGUUUCCAUUUCGUUGGGAAGAUCAUCGUUUGUGUAAAUGGUCUUGAACACUUUUCUGCAUUUACAUGUGAAUGUGCCGCCACUAUUGUUUUUUUGCGCUCAGUGUUUGUGCAAGUGCAAAUCUAAUGCUACACACACAAGAUUUUGGCCAAGUUAAAGUCAAUAUGAAAUCAAAACUGGCCUGAUUUAUUUUCUUAAUGCAUGCUAUUAAAAGUAGUUCUUCCAUAUUGUGCACGUUUUUCCAAAAAAAAAAAAAAUUCACCAAAAUGGAUUUAUUUGCUCUGUCACUGCAUAACGUUCCUUUUUGUCAUCAGAUGGAUGGCCAAUUCUGGCAAUUUCCAGUGGAUGAAAUCAGGGGCCGGUUGCACCAGCUGUGCGCAAGUUACAUUGCAUAAUUUUACAGUAAAAGUGCAUUAAUUAACAAUUUUUUACUAUUAAAUAGUUUUGAAUUGCACCAACUCUACCUAUAAACUAAAUAUUUACUAAAUAAGCCUCCAAACAGAAGUAACAGUAACAGCAGAAUGAUUGAAUUGCAUCGAUAAGGUCAUGUUUUACCUGACAAACUUAAUUUUUUUUAGACUUACAUGAUGUAGAGGUGAGCAAUAUCUUUUAGGAUUAUUUUAAUGAUAAUUUAACAAUAUUUGGCAUGUGUUUUUGUGCUAGCACCUUGUUUAGGCUGGUUUAGGGCUAUCAUGGAUAAAUAUGACACUAAAACCUCCAGUCAGUCCCUGUCUUAAUGAGUGAUUCAUUGAAUGAUGUGUUCAAAACAGCUGAUUCGUUUAGAAACUAAGCAUGUGACUGGCUGCAUCUGAAAUCUCACACUUACCUACUAUAUAGUAGGCGAAAAACAAAACAGCGCAUCACAAUUGAUGUUUUAUUAACAUCAAGACAGAGAAGGGGGUGGGUGAGCCCUUCCUCUAGACAGCUCGCCAAAUAUGCAUACUAUUUUCGUAAUCGGAAUAUAUGUAAGUGCGAACUCAUGAAAAGAAGCAUGUCCGAAUGCACGGUACUCAUAAAAGAGUAGGCAAAAAGUACCUGGAUGACCUACUACUUCUGGUGUGAUUUUGAAGUGUGCAUCCAGUGGACCGUUCAUUAUCCCGUGAUGCCACAGGAGAGGAUUUAUGAAUGGCAGUGGUGCGAUACUAGGUCAUGUGACAUUAACAACAGGCUGAAUGCGGUAUAUACAAAUUGCAUUCAUACAACACACAUUUAUACUAUAUAGAACAAACUCUUUUUGCAGUCGCAAAGUAAAAGUUCCUACUCA